AGGAUCCUUUGUCUUGGUGCAGUCCUGGUUCAACAGCGUCUCGCAAUGUACUGUGGUUAAUGUUGUUUUCUAGUUUAGAAAACUUUAUUUAAUUGUUAUUUUCAUGGUCAUUUGACUGAAUUUAUUAUAGUGCCUUAUUACGAUUUUUGAGGUAGGUUUGAAGGAAUGUCAGAGCUUCAUCUGUGUCAAAUAGAUUGUCCCCUUUACUUUACGUUGUCACAAACGCAAUUAAAUCCCUCUUUUAUCAUUUCCUCCCUAAUAAUAAUAGAUUAAAUAAUGAUGAUGAUGAUGAUUGUGAAGACCACUCCGCCCCCCCAUUGGAAUGACGAAUUUGUAGAUAUGAUAACAAUGCUCGUCUGUGGUUAACAUGACUCUUUGCUUCAUUGUGAAUUUGCAUAAAAUUCAGUCAGGGCUCCAACAACGUUUGUGUUGAAUACAUUACGUCCCACCACCACGUAAUGCGGUGUUAGAGGUCGUGGACAUUUCACGUAUUUCUGAGAUCAGGUUGCCUACUGGCAUUUGGUGUUAAUACAUCCAUGUUGGUUAGAAACCAACCACCUCCACUUCAACAACAACAAACUUGGCCAAGCGACACAAAGAUGAAAUUUAUGCUUUUAUAAGAAAUGUUUUCAAUCAUUUUCCGGCUCCACAAGAGACUUCAAGGAUGAGGAUUAACUGGUCGGUUGGGCAAAUGCGCGUCUGGUUAACUGCAGCACCUCCGUUAAAGAGCAGCGCACAGCCGCUUCUCUGAUAUUUCUAUGGCAUCGCUCGGCACUGUCUCCUCGGUGCAGUGGAUGAAACAGUCCCAAACGGGGCUCAGAGGGACCCUGCUGUUCUGAUUGUCUUCACUGUCAACAACAGUCCUGCUGCAGCUCCUGCACGGCUCCUGUUAGUUCAUUUACCGGCGCUGCACCGAGGAAAUCACUGGGACUAUGUGAGCAUCAUGCUCGCUGUGAGAUGCCUGCUGUUCGCUGCAGUGUGUGCACGGUGCGUCGUGACAGGUCUGAGGGAAUGGGAGAGUCUGAAAGGAAGGCAGACGCCUGCUGAAGAGGUUGUUCAGCCUAAGAGGCUCCUGCAGCAGAUCCACUCCCCGGAGGAGCUGCUCCACAGCCACCUGGACACCCGGGUCAAAAACUCCACAGCGGGACUGCAGCCCAUCCAUCUGGCCCGGAGCAGCUUCUUGGUGAAGGCCUUUGGCACAUCUUUCAUCCUUGACCUGGAACUCAACCACAAUCUCCUGUCUACAGACUAUGUGGAGCGUCACUUUGACGAGGACGGGCAGCCGUCCCAGAAUAUGGGAGGAGAGCACUGCUACUACCAUGGACGAGUGCGGGGGCGGCCUGGCUCCUUGGUCGCUCUAUCCACCUGCCACGGCCUGCAGGGGAUGUUUUCUGACGGGAACUUCUCCUAUGGGAUUGAACCCGUUGGCAGUGGAGAGGAGCAGAAUGACCACAUUGUGUAUCGUCUGCCUGACAUUGACUUCUUCCCACGUUCCUGUCCAGGAUGCUCUGUGAACAGCACAGAGCCUGAGGGGCAGACAGAUGGCCACGGUGAAGAAGACGGUGAGCUGGAGGAGGACAUGGAGGCUCAGGCUGGAGACGACUGGUCUGAGGAGGAGAAACCCGUCUUUACAGAAGGCCUGAGACGCUCAAAAAGACAAGUGCGGCGAGGCCAGCGCACUGUGCAGACUGAGACCAAGUACAUCGAGCUGAUGGUGGUAAAUGACCAUGAACUGUUUGUCCAGCUCCGUCGCUCAACCACUGUGACAAAGAACUUUGCCAAAGCUGUGGUGAACAUGGCCGAUGCGAUCUACAAGGAGCAGCUCAACACGCGCAUCGUCCUGGUGGCCAUGGAAACCUGGUCGUCUGAAAACAGGGUCUCCGUGGGCGAUGAUGCCUUGCUCACCCUGCGCGACUUCAUGAAGUACAGGAAGGAGAGCAUCAAGGAACGCUGCGACACCGUGCACCUCUUCUCUGGGAGGACGUUCAUGAGCAGCCGCAGCGAAGCAGCGUACGUCGGGGGCAUCUGUUCUCUUACCAGAGGUGGUGGCAUCAAUGAGUUUGGUAGUGUGGGCCCCAUGGCCAUCACAUUAUGUCAGAGCCUUGGCCAGAACAUCGGCAUGCUGAGGAACAAGGAGCGACCAGCUGCAGGAGACUGCAGGUGUCCAGACCCCUGGUUGGGCUGCAUCAUGGAGGAUACAGGCUACUACCUGCCCAGGAAGUUCUCUCGUUGCAGUAUAGACGAGUACCUUCGUUUCCUACAACAGGGAGGAGGCAGCUGCCUCUUUAACAAGCCCAGCAAGCUGCUAGACCCGCCAGAAUGCGGCAAUGGAUAUGUGGAGCUGGGAGAGGAAUGUGACUGUGGCUCUCUAGUGGAGUGUGCGCGGAGUGGAGCCAACUGCUGUAAGAAGUGCACUCUUACCCAUAAUGCCAUGUGCAGCAACGGGCUCUGCUGCAGGGACUGCAAGUACGAGCUGAGAGGGGUGACGUGCCGCGAUGCUGUGAAUGACUGCGACAUUGCUGAAACCUGCAUGGGAGACUCAAGCCAGUGUCCUCAUAAUGUCCACAAACUGGAUGGCUACAUGUGCGAUGCUGGCCAGGGUCGUUGUUACGGAGGUCGCUGUAAGACCAGAGAUGGCCAGUGCAGGACUCUGUGGGGCUACAACUCAGCGGACAGAUUCUGCUACGAAAAGCUCAACUCUGAGGGCACAGACAAAGGAAACUGUGGUCCGGACUCCAGUGGACAGGGAUGGAUCCAGUGCAACAAACAAGACGUUCUGUGUGGUUUACUGCUGUGCACCAACCUGACAGCCAAGCCGAGGUUUGGCGAACUGCAGGGAAAAGUCACCAGUUUGACCAUCUACCAUCAGAACAGAUACCUGGACUGCAGAGGUGGUCAUGCAGUGCUGGAUGAUGGCUUGGACCUCGGCUAUGUUGAGGACGGGACGCCAUGUGGACCAAACAUGAUGUGUCUGGAGCACCGCUGCCUCCCCAUCACCACCUUCAACCUCAGCAUCUGCCCGGGCUCCUCGCCCUCACGCAUCUGCUCCCACCACGGAACUUGCAGUAACGAGGUGAAAUGUAUCUGUGAUCCAGACUACACUGGGAAGGACUGUAGUGUGUUUGACCCCAUCCCCAUCCCUACUCCACCAGAGGGACCAGAGAAAUACAGAGAAACAUCCGAAGAGGAAGAUCUUCGGGAGUUUGAGCCGUAUCUCCCUGCUGUCCUGUCUUCCUUACACUGUGUCCCGUCAGCUCUGAGGAGACAAAACAAAAGAUGUCUUCCAGUUGCUCUGCAAAUGGUUACGAGCCCUCAGACUUUUCCUGUUUUUCUUUUCUGACUUCAUUUAUGCUGCCUCAGUACAUCAGUACAUCUCCUUCAGAAAGGUUUCUUUUUUUUUUUCGGUCUACCCUGAAGACACAUCGAGAUCUGAUCAGUCGUCAAAGAUUGUGUAGUUACAGAUGUUCAAGUCGAUACAGAUGUAGGUGAUACAGACCUGUUUUGUGAUCAUUCCAGUUUUUAUUCAAUACAUAUGUUUGUUGCUCGA